AUGAAGAUCACGGCCCUCCUUGGCCUCGGCCUCGCAGCCGUCGCCGGAGCCAGCGAUUUCCACCACGAGCGUGACGACUUCUACAUUGUCCACCUCGACGCUCGCACCGAUGCCGACGAGGUCGCGUCCAGGCUCGGCCUACGCAACGAGGGCCAGUUUGGCCAGCUCGAGGACCACUUUGUCCUCAGGGGAGCCAAAUCGGAACAUGAUGUGGUCAACACAGAGAUCAAGGCCAGGAGGCGGCGCAAGAGGGAGCAGGGUGGGGGCAGCAGCCGUGAUGUGCUCGACGGCGUCCGCUUCGCGCAGAGACAGGAGCUCCGCAAUCCCUGGGAGAAGCGCAUAAUACCUGACUUCGCUGGGCCGCGCCUCGUCGAGGAGCGCGCCGACCCCAGCUCCAACCCAGUGCUAGUAGCAAACCAGCAGUCUCUCAUGUCGACCCUCGGCAUUAGCGACCCCAUCUUUAACGAGCAGUGGCACCUCCUGAACGUGGUCCAGGAGGGCCACGACGUCAACGUGUCGGGCGUCUGGCUGCAGGGCAUCACAGGCAAGAACGCCACCGUGGCCAUCGUCGACGACGGCCUGGACAUGCACAGCGAUGAUCUCAAGGACAACUUUUACGCCCAGGGCUCGUACGACUUCAACGACAAGACCGACCUGCCCGAGCCGCGGCUCUCGGACGACAGGCACGGCACGCGCUGCGGUGGAGAGGUGUCGGCCGUCAAGAACGACGUCUGUGGCGUGGGCGUCGCUUACGACUCCAACAUCGCCGGCCUGCGUAUUCUUAGCAAGAUGAUCACGGAUGCCGACGAGGCUCUCGCAAUGAACUACGACAUGCUUCACAACGAUAUCUACUCGUGCUCCUGGGGCCCUCCUGAUGAUGGCCGGUCCAUGGAAGCGCCCGGCGUCCUGAUCCGCAGGGCAAUGCUGAACGCCGUCCAGAAGGGCCGCAACGGGCUGGGUAACAUCUACGUCUUUGCCAGUGGCAACGGUGCUGCCAGCGAUGACAACUGCAACUUUGACGGCUACACCAAUAGUAUCUACAGCAUCACAGUCGCCGCUGUGGACAGGAAGGGCGAGCAUCCUUACUAUUCCGAGGCCUGCUCGGCCAACCUGGUGGUGACCUACUCCAGCGGUGGUGGCGACAGUAUCCACACUACAGAUGUUGGGCAGAACACCUGCACCUCUGCGCACGGAGGUACCUCUGCCGCGGCUCCUCUGGCCGCCGGCAUCUUCGCCCUGGUUCUUGAGAUCAGACCCGACAUUACCUGGAGGGACAUGCAGUACCUCGCCCUCAACUCUGCCGUUCCCAUCAACGAGGACGACGGGAGCUGGCAGACCACCUUCAUCGGCAAGAAGUUCAGCCACACGUUUGGCUAUGGCAAGAUUGACAGCUACGGCCUCGUCGAGCUGGCCAAGACCUGGGAGGUUGUCAACCCCCAGUCCUGGUUCUUCACCCCCUGGAUCCACGUCAAGGAGGCCAUUCCCCAGGGCGAUGAGGGCAUUGCCGUCAGCUUCGACGUGACCCCAGACAUGCUCAAGGAGGCCAACCUGAAGCGGGUCGAGCAUGUGACCGUCACCAUGAACGUCGACCACACCCGCCGAGGUGAUCUGUCCGUCGACCUGGUCAGCCCCAACAAGGUCAUCAGCCAUCUCUCGGUCCCUCGCCGUCUGGACAAUGAGGCCUCUGGGUACAUCGACUGGACCUUUAUGAGCGUCGUCCACUGGGGCGAGUCUGGUAUCGGUACCUGGACUGUGAUUGUCAAGGACACCAAGGUGAACGAGCACAACGGCACCUGGGUCGACUGGCACCUCAAGCUCUGGGGUGAGUCCAUCGACGCCAGCCAGGUCAAACUCCUUCCCAUGCCUGAAGAAGACGACGAUGCCGACCACGACGCGAUUGUCACCACCACCAUCCCGCCCUCAGUCGUCACCCCUCCCGCCGGCUUCCACACGCCCGGCGAGCUCCCCAGCGCAACGCCAACCGACCACCCUGACCGCCCCGUGAACGCCAAGCCGACUGAUGUCACCGGCGAGCUCGAUGAGUCUCCCCAGGCCACCGAGACCGCCUCCAAUUGGCUCCCCGGCUUCCUGCCCACCUUUGGCGUCGGGCCCCGCGCCCAGGCCUGGAUCUACGCCGCCCUCGCCCUGAUCCUCAUCUUCUGCGCCGGACUCGGCGUCUAUAUCUUCACUGCCCGCCGCCGCCGUCUCCGCAACGCCACCCCGGGCGGCGAGAAGACCGCCGGCGCAGGCGGGAAGAAGCGCACGCGCGGUGGGGAGUUGUACGAUGCGUUUGCGGGCGGCAGCGAUGACGAGGACGAGGAGGGUCGCUUCUACCGGGACCACGAGGAGGGCGUCGAGGGUGCCACGAGCCCUGGGGGUGACGCCGCCGCGAGAGAAAAGAGGGCCCUUGGUGACGAUGAUGACCACCAUGUGCUGGGCAGUGAUAGCGAGGACGAGGGCGAUGAGAGGGAGGCGCUGGCCGCUGGGAGGCGGUAA